GUACCAUAUGAAUACGGGAGUUGUUUUUGAAAGGCUCCGUGUCAGCCGGGUUAACCGCGAUUUCAACGUUGGCUGCAAUUUUCCAGGAAUGGCUCACUUCUCGGAGUCAUUCAAUUUGAGCCUUGAAACCCUGAAAAAACUUGAGAACUUACCUGCAAAAAUAUCUCCAAGUCCGGGUCGCCGACUUACCCGGUCAAAAACACAAAACCUUCCUAGUUCUUCCCAAGGUGCAGGAAAUUCCGAUGAUGAAUGCGUGGAAGCAUCUCCAAAUAAUUCUCUGGAACAUAGUGGACCAAUAGGAAGGCGAAAUAAGCAGCGAAAUAUUAGUCAAAGCAAGAAGUCCAUCCGGAAAAACAAAUCAGACAGUCUUCUAGGGAAAUACAUGAUGAAUCCUCUGGAGAAGAAGUCCACUGACUUUAGUCACUUGGACGUAACAGUCUUAGAGAAGUUACUUGAGGUUGUGGACGAGGAAGAGGCAAAAUUCGACAAAGAAGCGCUUCAGACUGAAGUUCCUGAAGAGAGUAUGAUCCUCCUGAGUGAAGCUGAAGGGGAGAAAGUCAUCCUGGAGAUGCCCAUUUCGAGUCAGGAUAUCAUUGACAUUGAAUUCAGUGACUGGGAGACUUCCAAUGUGUUUCAGAAGGAAGAACAAGUCGCCAAGAAAAAGGAUAUCAAUGAGGUAAUUGAAACUGAGGAAGACUUAAACAUAGACAAUGUAACUUUUGUCACAGAACAAAGUACAAAUCUCGAAAUGAAAGCUUGUCGGAGGGAAGUAUCCCAAAUGAUCAAGGAGUUCCAUAUGGAAGAUUCUUUCAUUGCAACAUCUUCUCAAAUGCCUCAGAAUUCUCAGAUUUCCUUCCGGAAGGAAGAUUCUAUCUUGGAAACAUCCAUCAAAGCAUCCCAGGAACCUCUAAAGGCACCAGCGGUAACAGAAGCCAAAUUUCUAUCAUCCUGGGGACUUCCAGAGCCAAUUUUGGCUGCAUACACCAAGAAAGGCAUCACGGAGAUGUUCCAGUGGCAAGUGGAGUGUCUUUCAAACCGCCAAACUCUCCUAGAAGGUGAUAAUCUUGUCUACAGUGCACCCACAUCUUCAGGAAAGACCCUCGUGAGCGAAAUCCUCAUGAUAAAAAGUGUCUUGGAACGCCAGAAAAAAGCCCUCCUCAUCCUGCCAUUUAUCUCUGUAGUUCGAGAGAAAAUGCUCUAUUUGCGAGAUCUCCUGACACCAGCUGGAAUCCGUGUAGAGGGAUUCUUCGGAGGAUACUCUCCUCCUGGAGGCUUCGAUGCCUGCCAAGUGGCUGUGUGUACCAUCGAAAAGGCCAACAGUAUCUUCAAUCGUCUCCUGGAACUUCAGAAAGUCCAUCAAGUUGGAAUCGUUGUAGUUGAUGAGAUUCACUUGAUCUCUGAUCCCAGUCGAGGAUACAUUCUCGAGCUUCUCCUCGCCAAGAUCCUCUAUGUCAGUAAAAAGAUGGAUUUCAAGAUUCAAAUUGUGGGAAUGUCUGCUACUUUACCCAAUCUGGAACUUCUCUGCCGAUGGCUUUCAGCCCAAUUCUAUUUGACUGACUUUCGACCAGUUGAACUUAGGGAGAUGAUAAAAGUGGGCAACAAAAUAUUGUCGAAUCGUUUUGAGGCGAUUCGAACCCUAGAUGUUCAGGAGUUUUCAACAGUUUGCGGUCUUCGCGACCAAGACAAUGUAGGCCAACUCGUUCUAGAGACUAUUAGCGAAGGAUGUGGUGUGAUAGUAUUCUGCCCAUCUAAAGAUUGGUGCGAAAAACUUUGUCUGACUCUCGCUGAGGUCAUUUACACUGUGGGAAAAAGUCGAACGAUUCUUGGGGCCAAAAUUCGUGAUGCUGUCCAACGAGAAGCCAUUGAAUCCGUCCGGCAGGAACUUCUGAACUGCCCAACUGGGUUGGAUCAAGUGUUGGCCAGGUGUAUUGGCUAUGCUUGUGCUUUUCAUCAUGCUGGACUGACCACAGAGGAGAGAGAUGCGAUAGAGGGGGGCUUUCGGAUGGGAGCCCUCAGAGUUCUCGUGGCCACAAGUACUCUGAGUUCUGGAGUUAAUCUUCCUGCUCGGAGAGUUAUUGUACGGAGUCCAAUGUUCGGAGGCAGAAGCAUGAAUGCCCUAACAUACAGGCAGAUGAUAGGUAGGGCAGGUCGUACGGGAAAAGAUACUCUGGGGGAAGCGAUCUUAAUUUGUGAUGAAGCAAAUGUAAAGGUUGGAAAAGAAUUGCUUACGCGUGAUUUAAUGCCGAUAUCUUCGUGUCUCGAUGCCAGAAAUUCGGGAAAUUUGAGGAGAGCUCUCCUGGAAAUUGUAGCAGCUGGAAUGGCUACGAGUUUCAAAGAUCUCCAGCUGUUUUUUUCCUGUACGAUGAUUUGGGCUGAAAAAGGCGAAGAAUCUUUUGGAAUAAAUGUCGAAAAUUCUCCAAAGAAGAAGAAAAGGAGACGCAAAGUGUCAGAUCAGGAAGAUUCUUCAGAUGAAGAUGAGAAUGAGGAUUCUGUGAGAGAUAGUGUGGAUUUUCUUCUAAAAUACGAAUUUCUUAGGCGUCAAACUUCUGAAGAAACUGCAGAGGAAGUUUUAAUAGCUACUCGACUUGGAUAUGCUUGCCUUGCCUCUUCAAUACCUCCCUCAGAUGGCUUUCUACUUUUCUCCGAACUCCAGAAAUCUAGGCAGUGUUUCGUUCUAGAAUCCGAACUUCAUGCCAUUUAUCUGGUUACCCCAUUUUCUGUUUGCCAUCAAUUGCCAGAGAUUGAUUGGCUGCACUUCCUGGAUCUCUGGGAACGACUCCCGAGCACUAUGAGGCGUGUUGGAGAGUUAGUAGGCGUACGGGAUGCCUUUCUAGUGCGUGCAAUGCGAGGAACAAAGUCUCUGGAUGAGAAACAGCUUCAGAUCCAUAAGAGAUUCUAUACAGCCCUUGCACUACAGGAACUCAUCAGUGAAGUGCCAAUUGCAGAUGUGGCUGCAAAAUAUAAAUGUCCUCGAGGACUACUUCAGAGUCUUCAGCAGAUGGCAGCAUCUUUUGCAGCUAUAGUUGCAUAUUUCUGCACAGCACUCAAUUGGCAACUUCUGGCAAUGAUUGUCAGUCAAUUCAGGGAGAGACUCUUUUUUGGGAUUCAUAGGGAUCUCGUUGAUCUCAUGAAGAUUCCCAGUCUCAAUGCACAAAGAGCUAGAGCUCUCUUUGCAGCCGGAAUUGAAACACUCUUAAUCCUGGCCAGAACUGAAUCAUCAAAAAUUGUCAAAAUUCUUCUUGAUUGUGCUUCUUUUGAUACAGAAGCUCAAAGGGAGGGAGAAGCUGAUUAUGAGGCUAAAGAAAGGAUCAAACUAAGGAAAUACAAUAUAACUGGUCAGAGAGAUUUAACCAUUGAAGAAGCAGCUAAGAUCAUCAAGACAGAUGCCAGGAGGAUUAUUGAGCAAGAAAUGGGAGGAACUGUCAAUUGGGAAGAUGAAGAAAUUCUCCCACAGAGUCCUAAAAUUUCCCUCCAAAAUGACAGCAUCAAGAAUUUGAGUGUCUCACAGAUUAAUUCCAGUGUAGAUGAAAUUCCCUGCUCACAAACUGCACCAGAUGCGUCUUCAAAGAGAAUCAAAAAGAGUCAAAUAUGCAAAGUUUUGCACUCAAAAGCCUCCUUAAGUAAAGCUCCAAAAAUCAACCAUGUGACAAAGGAUGAAAAGUCCUUCCAGGAAUUUUCUCAGAGAGCCCUAAACUGCCCAGAAGUGUCUGUUGGUAUUGUGAUUGAGAAAAGUAAACAGGGCAAAGUGAAUAUUGGUGCCAAACUCCUGGAUGGAGAAGAAAAUUUCGAGGAAAUUCAGGAAGGAUUUCAAGUGGAUCAGGAAAGAAUCCUUUCAGCUGUGGUGAUCUCUUGUGAUGGAAAAGAAGUGGCUGUUGUGGAUUUUUCCACGGAAAAAGGAGAAAACACCAAAGUGGAUUUAGAGAGCAGAAGACUGUUUAUCGCCAAACUCUUUAAUCGCUCAGACGGACUUAUUCACAUGUGGGAGGUCAAAGAGAAGCUCAAACUCUUGACCAGAGGCAUCCGUGAGAUUUUCAAUACUCGAGCUACUUUCCAAGAUCCUCAAGUGGCCAACUGGCUUCUACAACCUGAUGAGGCUACAACGAGUCUUCACAGAAUUGUCAUGCUUCAUUGUCCAGAUCUCGAGGGUCUUCUUGUUCCUGCAACUCAACCACCUUCCCAAGGCUCCCAAGUCGUUUCCCUUGCAGCAGCAGAAUGCUGUAUUGUGUUCAAUUUGAGGAAUCUUUCGGCCAAACUUGUAGCUGUGGGAGAUGGAAAACUAUUGAAAGUAUUUAGGGAACUUGAAAUGCCCAUUCAGAUUUCUCUCUUCCGGAUGGAAUUGACGGGAUUUCCCGUAAAUAGCGAUGAGAUGGAGAAAUUUGUUGAAGAUUGUGAGAAUUUAUUUGGUCAGCUUGAAAAGAAAAUUUUCACUUUGCAUGGAAAGAGAUUCAAUAUUGCUUCUUCAAGAGCUGUGGCUAAUGUUCUUGGGAUUGCCAAAGGCAAAGGCAAAGUGUCAACGGCAAAGAGUGUUUUGGAAAAACUGGGAACACCUCUGUCCAAGCUGAUUAUUCAGCAUAGAACUCUCACAGCUGUCUUCACAAAAACCCUUCAUCCUCUGGCCAGGAGUAUUGAAGUGGACAGAAUUCAUGGGAUAAGCUUCAGCCUGACACAAACCGGAAGGAUAACAAUGCAUGAGCCGAAUUUACAAACAGUUGCCAAGGAUAUUCAAUUGGAUUUUGGGGAUGAAAACACCAAAAUUCUUUCUUGUAGAAGAGUUUUUGCUCCCAAGCCCACUAGAAUCCUCAUUUCUGCUGAUUUUUGUCAGCUAGAACUCAGGAUUCUCAUUCAUUUUUCCCAGGAUCCUAAUCUAAUUCAAGUGAUAAAGUCUAAUUGUGACAUUUUUCGAGCUGUUGCUGCUCGCUGGAAUGGAAUCCCCGAGAACAAUGUAACACCAAGUUUACGUCACGAAGCCAAGCAAAUAUGCUACGGAAUAAUUUACGGAAUGGGAGCUAGGAGUCUCUCGGAGAGUCUCAAAGUUGAUGAAGCUAGCGCUAGAGAACGGAUUGAAGGUUUUUACAGAAUUUAUCCAGCCAUUAGGACGUUUAAUGAGAAAAUUCUCAAGGAAGCACGAGUAAAAGGCUUCGUGGAAACUCUGUCAGGUAGGAGACGUUUUCUCGAACAUAUCACCAGUCCAGAUUCUGCCUUGAGAGCUCAGGCUGAACGUCAGGCUCUCAACAGCAUGAUACAGGGCUCUGCUGCAGAUGUAGCCAAAACUGCUCUACUUGCUGUUGAGAAGAAAUUGUCCAGGAAAAAAGGGUGGGAUAGUCAAUUUAUUCUCCAUCUCCAUGAUGAGCUAAUCUUUGAAACUCCCAAAACCCUAGUCCCAAAGUUUACCGAGAUCCUCAGGGACAGCAUGGAAAAUUGCAUAAAACUUAGUGUUCCGCUUCGUGUGAAGCUCAAAACAGGAUCCAAUUGGGCAGAAAUGACUGAAAUUUCAGGCUAAUUUUUUUAUUGUUCAACAAUCUUUUACACCAACUGUGUGAAUGCCAUGACAACCUUUUACUUAGGAGCUGGGAGACCUUCCUUCUCGCUCCAUUCUGUCCAGGAUCCCUUGUAGUUUUUAGCACUGUUGGAGAAAUUAUUGUUUUUUAUUAGAAUAUAUUUUUUUUAAUGGAUUUCAUACCAAUAAUUUUAAGCACAAAUUGUCAAAUAAAAUAUUUCAUG